GACGCUAUAAUGUCAUCACCGCGCCGCUGGUGUUUUCAGGAGAGUAGUUUGUUGUCGGACCGGCGGCCCGCUGUCGAGUGGUGGAUCCUUUCACGCAGUUUUUUUCCGCUUUGAGCAGCUGGACAGCGCCUCUCCUCUGCCUCAUGAGCCCACCGGACACCUCGCCGACAUUCCCCCGCAGCACGGCGGCCAGCAGCUAGCUCAGCUCCCCGCCAGGCCGGCUGGAAGUAAGGCAGGCUAGCAGCUUGUUAGCCGCUAGUUAGCAGCUAGCCGGCUACAUCAGGUUGGAUGUUGUCUCCAUUCAGGAUCCCCAAGAAGAAGCAGGAAGUGGACUGUGGCUCCGCCCACCAGUCACCGUUGGCCCGCCUUCAGAGCCCUGCGCCUACACUAAAGGGUUACGGGGACCGGCCCGGCGCUGACAGGGUGCAUGCUGGGAACGGCGUGUCCUCAGACAGACGGAGGGCGGUGCAGCGCCCCCUACAGGCUCCGUUCCACCAAACGUCCUGCAGGUCGUUCAGAGACACGGUGAAGACGCAGCUGGGACUCGACGGAGGCGGAGCUUCAGCGGCCAAUCACAGAGCACCAGGAAGACGCAGUGGCCAAUCAGAGCCGAGACAGAGAGCCGAGUCGUCCUUUUGUUCCGACAGAUGGCGUCCAAAGAGAGCGUCUGACCGCCUGCUGCAGCCUGAAGAUCACCUGCCUCCACCACAGAAGAAGAAAAGCGUCCCAGGUGAGCUUCCUCCCAGCAUCGCUCUGGAGACAGGCGACUCUCUGGCAGCGCUGCAACCCAAAGGGCAUGCUGGGAGUCCAAGUCCUUCACCACCAGGACUACAACGAUGGAGGACGAGGGAGUGCAGCGGAGACAGCAAGGAACAGGUAAAAGGGAGGCGGAGCCCAGAGAGGAGGCGGAGCCCAGAAAGGAGGCGGAGCCUGGACAUAAAGGAGGACCUGAGGGAGAAGGGGAGAGAGAGAUGGAUUGAGUUCAGAGAGAACAACAGAUCCACCGUCCUGCAUCUGAGACUGAAACCAAAACCCAGUCCUCGAAGAAAACCGAGUCAGACGGAACCCAUUGUCCUUUCGAGUGAAGAGGAGGACGAAGGCGAAGAAACCAGGACGGUUCAAAGCAGCAGCCGAUUGGACGAAUCCUGUAGAGAAAGAUCAGACCAGGUGAGUCCACCUGAAGCUCCGCCCUCCUACCUGCAGCUGCCGUUUGCUUCGCUCCACUCCGGCCUGACGGAAGUGGACGCCAACGGGAUGAUGACGGUCACUGAACACGCCAUCACUAUCCCUGUCAAAGGUGUUGAGGAAGGGGAGGUGACUGUGGUGGCGUCUCAGGUUCGGGGUUAUGGUGUUUGGGAUGGGGGCGUGGCUCGGGGCGGGGCUCUGCUGGCGUCCUGGGAAGGCCCCGCCCCCUCGCUGGUCUUCCUGUGGGUGACGGACGCUCAGGCCAACCUGCUGAAGACGGAGCUGUCGGCCAUCCAGACCUCCUCCGGGCCUUCCUGCUCCUUUGUUCUGCUGGUGUUGAAGGAGCAGCUGCAGGAGCUUCAGGCGGCCCUGCUGGCCUCCAUCCUGGACAUGGAUCCGUACCAGGAGGGCCGGUCCUGUGGUUCUGGUCCAGCGUCUCCUCUGGAAUGGGCUGAUGGACUGCUCCUCCUGCACAGCUGCCCUCCUCCUGUGGACCAGCACCUCCUCAGACUGCUGGGACACUCCACCGUCAGAAGGUCCUCUGGUCCUCCGAAGACCUACAGUCCUAAGAGGUCCAACCAGCUGAGCUGCAGCCUCAGGAACAAGACCAGAACGUCUGCUGAGCUGCCCACCAGGCUGAUCCAGUAUCCUGAAGCUCCCAGUAAAGGACGGAUCCGGUGACCAAUGAGGAUCUGAUCUGUCUUCAGGAAGGAAACUUCCUCAAUG